AUGACGCUUCCAACGACGACGUCGCGUGGGACAGGGAACAAAGCAGCAGGAACAGGCAGCAAGAAGGUGCUGAUAACAGGAGUAGGGAAAGGUCUAGGGAGAGCAUUAGCCCUAGAAUUAGACAAGAGAGGCCACACUGUUAUCGGCUGUUGCCGUUCUCAGGAUAAUCUCAAUUCUCUUCAAUCACAAUUCUCCUCCUCCGAUAACCACCACCUCCUCCUCACCGCCGAUGUGAAAUCAAAUAGCAGUGUUGAAGAGUUUGCGCGUGUUGUCGCGGAGAAGAAAGGCGUUCCUGAUAUCAUAGUGAACAAUGCAGGUACUAUUAACCCUAACAAGAAGAUUUGGGAGGUUAGUGAAGAAGAAUUUGACAGUGUUAUUGACACAAAUUUGAAAGGGAUAGCCAAUAUGUUGCGUCAUUUCAUCCCGCUUAUGCUACCAAACAAGCAAGGGAUUAUUGUUAAUUCGUCUUCUGGAUGGGGAAGGUCCGGCGCUGCGCUGGUAAGUAAGUGUAAGCAAAGCAAGCAAGUGGCACCUUAUUGUGCAUCUAAAUGGGCUGUGGAGGGUUUAAGUAGAGCAGUGGCAGAAGGAGAUUCCUGA